CCGGAGAUUCUGCUGGGAGCUUCCUUCAGUGAGGCUAUUGAUAUCUGGUCUCUCGGCUGCAUUGCAGCAGAACUGUUCAUGGGCAGAGCAUUGUUCCCUAGCAGCGAUGAGUUUGAUAUGAUGAGACACAUACUUCGCGUCAUAGGAAAGCCACCCAACCAUCUGCUGAAUACUGGCAUACACACAAAACAAUAUUUCCAACAUUACAUUGCAAGAUGUGAAAAAAGGACACCAACCCUGUGGAUGUUUAAGUCAAAACUGUACAGUUCCUCUUGCAUACCCUGCACCGUUAACAGCCUAAAUGACCUACUGGAGGGAUGCAGCGAGCUGUCCGGAGAAGACGCGAGAGCUGACGAUCUUGACAGGAGGACCUUCGUUGAAAUACUGGGGAAGAUGCUGCAGCUGGAUCCCAAUGAAAGGAUCAGACCCAACCAGAUUCUUCAGCAUCCCUUCAUCACCAUGAGCCACCUCAUCAGGGACUUCAAUGACUGCCAAUACGUUAAAUCCUGCUCGGACCUCCUGAGCAGGCAUUUGACUGAGGGCUCGUUGAGCCAAGGAGAUAUCCAGCAGUCCUGUGCAGUGUGACGCCACCAUCAGACCUUCAAGACUCUUCAGGAUGAGGACGAUGGGUGAAGAUUCAGACACCAAGACAACGGGAUAUAAACUAACUUGACGCAGGCGGCCAUCCUACUAUCUGUUUGGUUUUGGAAUGUUUCAAUAAGAACAAUUGGAAUAUACGGAAAAAUAUCAAGUGAACGUUAAAAUCAAACAAAAAUGUAACUGUCCUAUGUUAAAAUGCCAUAUGAGAGCAAGACAGAUUAAAGGAUGACCCCCUUUGGGUCCUCCCAUAGAUUUUGAAUUGGAAUCAGCUUUGAGUUCUGGUUGCUUUCACCCAAAACAACUGGUUAGUGUGACUUCACGACUGA